GGAAAACGAGAGAGAGAGAGAGAGAGAGAGAGAGAGAGAGAGAUGGGGCUGCUCUCUAACAAGAUCCCAAGGGAAGAACUGGAACCAGGGGAUCACAUCUAUUCGUGGCGGAAUGCAUACGUCUACGCUCAUCACGGGAUAUACAUGGGCGACGGCAAAGUCAUUCACUUUACUCGAGGAGCUGGCCAAGAGGUUGGGACAGGAACCAUAUUAGACCGUGUCCUCUUCAGUUCCUCCCAUUCCCCUUCAGAUGCUCCAUGUCAGAUAUGCGGUGAUCAGAAAAUGCUCAAUGGAGUAAUUAGUUCCUGCAUCAACUGUUUCCUCUGUGGAGGUGAUCUUUAUCUCUUUCAAUACAGUGUCUCUCCGGCUUUCUUCAUUGCCAAAGCCCGAGGAGGGACCUGCACGCUCGCUGCUUCUGACCCGCCUGCUGACGUCCUUCACCGUGCCACAUACCUUCUCCAAAAUGGCUUUGGUGUUUACCACAUUUUCAAGAACAACUGUGAAGAUUUCGCAAUCUACUGUAAAACAGGUUUGCUUGUGGUGACCAGCAUUAGUGUAGGUCGAAGUGGACAGGCUGCAUCUUUUGUGGCUGCUGUGACUACUGUUGUCUCCUCGCCACUUCGUUUCUUGACAACCAGUUUUCCUGGCUUGGUAGCAGUAGCCGGUGGCAUGUACUGCCUUAGCCGGCUUGUCUCUGAUAUUGGAAUGCGCCGAGAUGUUGCUAAAGUCUCAGUUGAGAGUCUAGUUGCCCGGUCUGGUGUAGACAGGCCAGGUGCAGGAAAUACAGAGUGACUCCUGAAGACUAGGUGCCGGAACCUGCUUGUGUUGCUUCCUUAGGUACACCAUAUUUGAAGGGUGGUUUGAUUUGUCGAAACUGCAUUGCUUUGCUUUUGAUCUUUCUACUUCUGUAAUUUUUUAUAUAACUUCGAUUUGGUGGUGGAUCAGUUGCUUGUACUAGAGGAAGAGACUGUCUAUGUUCCAUAUCAUUCUUUAUGCUUAAACUGUAAGAUGAAUGCCAAUUUGAUCCAUAAUAGUGGAAUGGAAAGGUGUUCCACGUAAAAUGAAUGUAGUUAUUUGAUAGGCCGUUCGAGCAAUUUUGUUA